AGCGAGAACGAAGGGAUGUCAGCUCUUUGUUCUUUGUUGGCACCAACCCUUCUACCACCGUGAAGGAGCACCGGCAAAAGGGUGAGGGCCCUUUGUCUUGUGCUGAAAACAAGGCCUCUACCACCAAACACCAACUACUAAGGGCUGUGAGAUUUUUCUCUUCUGAUGAAGUCAAGUCUUUUACUCCGAUGCGGAAAAAAGCAUGGAGGAGUGAGAGCUCUUUGUCUUUAUCUUCUGAAGACGACCAGCCUUCUACCACGAGGAGGGAGCAAGAUAAAAGGGCUGAGAGCCCUUCUUCUUCUGAUGAAGUCGAGCCUUUUGCUCCAAUGCGGCUUCAGGCAUGGAGGAGUGAGAGGUCUUUGUCUUUAUCUUCUGAAGACGACCAGCCUAUUACCACGAGGAGGCAGCAAGAUAAAAGGGCUGAGAGCCCUUCUUUGUCUUCUGAAGAAGACGAGCCCUCUAAUACAAGAAGGCAGCAACAACAAAGUCCUGUGUCCUUCAUAGAGAUAAACCUUUCUACAACCUUGGGUCAGGAUGAACAAAGUGGUGGCAGCCCUUCUUCUUCUGAUGAAGUCAAGCCUUUUGCUCCUAUGUGGCUUCGGGCAUGGAGGAGUGAGAGCUCUUCGUCUUCAUCUUCUGAAGAAGACGAGCCGGCUAAUAGCUUUUUAUCCAUCCAUCUGAGUGCAAGAGGGAACUUAUGGGAUGCACGACAAAAUGAAGAAACAGAAAGAGUAAAAACCGAAAGAGAGAUACGUGAAAAGAUCAAGAACAAGAACCAGGAGGAGGAGAGGAAAACUUUUGGUCUGCUUUCAAGGAUUUACAUUUGGUGGCUCAACCGCAAGAUAGACCUCAUUGCUAGAGAAAUCCAGUCAACCGUCGUGGAUGAGCGCAACCUCCUGCGUCACGGUCACCUCAGUGAGUCAAAGAAAAUGGCAGAAAAAGAACGACUGCUUGACCGAAGGAUGAAGCUGGUUGUGUACAAACGCAGACAAGAAUUUAAGGUGGAGAGGGAAGUGAGUAUGCAAAGACUGAAGGUAAAGAGGACAGAAGAAAAGGUUUUGAAGAUGGAGAGCAUCUCAGAUUUAUGCGAUAACCCAGAAAGGCCAACGCCAGACAGGUGUAGACUUAAUUUAUAUAGCGUUUAAGAGAAAAGUAGAGCAAUCAGAAAAAUGGCACCAAAUAGAAAGAGAUUUGCAAACACUGAAGUAAAGAAAAGUUAAAAAUGAUAUUAAAACAUUUGCAACCACCAUCAAAUAUCCUCCCAACCACCUGAUAACACCCUAGAGGCUUUAAUUCAAUUACAAAAUGAUUAGCCCCCCUUAUGAAAUUAUACAAAUCUCUUGAUUUCUCCAUGGAAAUGACCAUUAACAUCAAGUAUUUAUAGUCUAUUUGUUUUCAACAUAACGAAGACAAAAUGUCCACUAAGUUUGAUUUGGAUAUUUUAUUGAGUUAAAAUAAGAAAGUGCAAAAAUGAGACAUCCACAAUGAUUACCCCCCAGGCCAUUAUUAUAUAAUAUUAAAGGCCUGGGGGCUAAUAUUAUAUUAAUAGUGUACCCUUUCUGAGCCAUA